GUCAUGUGAUCUGUCUUUAGCAGCAGCGGAUCAGCUGACUGCUGCUGCGGUUUAUAAAACCAUUAAAUCAUCUUUAAUAUUCUUUAAUAUUCUCUAAUAUUCUCUAAUAAUCUCUAAUCUAAACCGGAGACAUGUCGUUCAUCACGGCCAACUGGAACCCGCUGGGAGAGGCUUUCUACCGUAAGACAGAGCUGUAUGAGAUGUCCUGGUCUCUGAGGGACGGACUGAGAGACAGUCUGGUGGCUGCAGCGCCGUACGGAGGACCUAUAGCUCUCCUCAGAGAACCUCACAGACGUUCCCCGAGUUCUCGUCCUCAGCUGGAGAUUUAUUCUGCAUCUGGAGUCUCCAUCGCCAGCUUCCCGUGGAAGAGUGGUCCAGUGGUCCAGGUGGGCUGGACGGUGAGUGAUGAGCUGCUAUUGGUUCAGGAGGAUGGAUCGGUUCUGAUCUACGACGUCUUCGGGACCUUCAAGAGACACUUCAGCAUGGGACAGGAAGUGGUUCAGUCUCAGGUGUUGGAGGCCCAGGUGUUCCACUCUCCUUAUGGAACAGGGGUUGCCAUAGUAACGGGUUCCUCACGAUUCACCUUGGCAACCAACAUCGACGACCUAAAGCUCCGGAGGUUACCUGAGGUCCCAGGUCUCCAGGGGAAGCCUGUCUGCUGGUUGGUUCUGACCCAGGACCGGCAGACUAAAGUCCUGCUGUCCACCGGACCGGAUCUCUACAUCCUGGACAACACAUCCUGCACCGCGGUGAGUCCUCCAGGUCUGGGUCCUCAGUCUGGCAGCAUCAUCCACAUGUCCGUCUCCUUCAGCUACAAAUACCUGGCUCUGUUCACAGAGACCGGACACCUGUGGACAGGCCCCUCCCACCUUCAGGACAAACUGAAUGAAGUGGACACCAAGAACACAAAGCCCCCCCAACAGAUGGUCUGGUGUCGCAGGCCAAAGAGUCAGCAGCCGUCUGUGGUUCUGCUGUGGGACAAACUGCUGAUGGUGGUUGGAGUCCGUCAGGACAACAUCCAGUUCCCGAUAGAGGAACCCUGUGUUCUGGUGGGAGAAUUGGACGGGGUCCGGAUCCUCAGCUCCUCUCAGCAGGAACUCCUUCAGGAGGUUCCUCUCGUCUGUCAGGAGAUCUUCAAGAUUGCCUCCAUGGCUCCUGGAGCUCUUUUGCUGGAGGCCCACCGGGAGUACCAGAAGUCCAGUCAGAAGGCUGAUGAGUACCUGAGGGAGAUAAAGGAGCAAAGCAUGCUGGGAGAAGCAGUCCGUCAGUGUGUGGAGGCGGCAGGACACGAGUACGACUCCAUUACCCAGAAGGACCUGCUCAGGGCAGCGUCCUUUGGGAAGUGCUUCCUGACGGACUUUGUUCCCGACCCGUUUGUUCUGACCUGCAGAGAGCUGAGGGUUCUGAACUCAGUGAGAGAGAGCAGCGUGGGUCUGCCUCUCACCCACACUCAAUUCAAACAGAUGACUCUCCAGGUGCUAAUAGACAGGUUGGUGUACAGACAGUUUUACCCAUUAGCGAUAGAGAUCUGUCGUUACCUGAAGAUUCCAGAUUACCAGGGAGUCAGCCGAGUCCUCAAACACUGGGCCUCCUGCAAGGUGCAGCAGAAGGACCUGACGGAUGAGGCGAUUGCCCGGGCGGUGUGUGUGAAGGUGGGAGACUCACCUGGUGUGUCUUACUCUCACAUCGCAGCUAAAGCAUACGAGUGUGGCCGCACGGAGCUGGCCAUCAAGCUCCUGGACUUUGAGGCCCGCUCUGGAGAACAGGUUCCUCUGCUGCUGAAGAUGAAGAGGAGUCAGCUGGCCCUCAGUAAGGCUGUGGAGAGCGGAGACACCGACCUGGUGUACACGGUGGUGACGUACCUGAAGAACGAGAUGAACAGAGGAGAUUUCUUCAUGACCCUGAGGAACCAGCCUGUGGCUCUGAGCCUCUACAGACAGUUCUGUAAGCUGCAGGAGCAGGAGACUCUGAAGGACCUGUAUAACCAGGACGACGAUCACCAGGAACUGGCAAACUACCAAGUUACUGCCAGCUACAGAGAGAAGAGGCUGGACAGCCGUCUGUCUCUCCUGCAGAGCGCUGUGGACGAGUACAACAAGGCAAAGAACGAGUUCUCAGCGAAGGCCACAGAGGACGAGAUGCGUCUGCUGAGAUUCCAACGCAAACUGGACGACGAGAAAGGGGCGGGGCUUCUGGGACUUUCUCUACAGGCCACCAUGGAGGCUCUGCUGGCUCUGGGUCUCCACAAACAGGCGGAGCAGCUCUACAGAGACUUCAGAGUUCCUGACAAGAGGUAUUGGUGGCUGAAGCUGAAGUCUUUGGCGGAGAAAGAGGAGUGGGAGGAGCUAGAGAAGUUCUCCAAGAGCAAGAAGUCUCCUAUUGGCUACUUGGCGUUUGUGGACGUCUGCAUGAAGAGCAACAACAGGUUUGAAGCCAAGAAGUACGUCUCCAAGGUAAUGCCGGAGCAGAGGGUCAGAGCACACCUGGCCGUCAGCGACCUGGAGGGAGCGGCGGACGCUGCCAUCGAGAGAAAGAACGAGUCAGAGAUGGCGUUGGUUCUUUCUCGAAGCUCCGCCUCCGACCGGCUGCUCAUCGACCGGCUGAACCGCGCCGCCACCGUCGCCAAAAAGUGAUCCUCCAUCAGACAGACAGCUGACGUCUGCUGCCAUAAAGUGAUCCUCCAUCAGACAGACAGCAGACCGUCUGCUGCCAUAAAGUGAUCCUCCAUCAGACAGACAGCAGACUGUCUGCUGCCAUAAAGUGAUCCUCCAUCAGACAGACAGCAGACCGUCUGCUGCCAUAAAGUGAUCCUCCAUCAGACAGACAGCAGACCGCCUGCUGCCAUAAAGUGAUCCUCCAUCAGACAGACAGCAGACCGUCGGCUGCCAUAAAGUGAUCCUCCAUCAGACAGACAGCAGACCGUCGGCUGCCAUAAAGUGAUCCUCCAUCAGACAGAUGGAUGACCCUUCUGACCCUAACCCUAAAUAGUGAUGGCAGUACUUUGACUUCAGACGCAGCGUGAAUAUUAAAGAGAAGAAGAAGAAGAAGAGAGGAACAGGAAGUGGUUCUUCUUCUGUGUUUCUGUCCGAGAACCAACCGGAUGUUUUAUUGUGAUUUUUUCUUUUUUUACAUUUAUUUGUGAUAUUCUGCCUCAGUGUAAAAAAUAAAUAAAAUUACUAACAUUU